GUUGUGCAUGGAGUGCAGAUUGAAAUGGAGGAAUCGCUACCGCCAAGCCACAACAGCAGCGCAGACAAAGAAGGAGCGGCUCAUAGACUACACAAGCGCAGCGUCGGGGAACAGCCACUGCGGAUUUUGUUAUUCUACGAUGAUUCUGUUUACAAACUAGACGUUGACAAAUUCAAUCUCAUCAACAACACCGUCCUACCUGAAGCUGUGCACUUUUGGGAGCAGGCAUUAAUGGUGCGGCAAACAAAGGGUGUCAUAAAACUGAAUAGAAAAUGUAACAGCACACAAGUGUUUGUGAAGGACGGAGAGACGCACUGCAUCGACAAGUGCAAAGAUGUUACGAUGUGUGGGGAAGUUGUGGUGCCUGAGCAGCAUUUAAAUGUGUGCCGUGUUUGCAAUUCAACUGGCCAAAAUUGUCGCAUUGACGAGACCACUGACGCAGGUGAAGGCAUUGAGAAUGCUGACUUUGUGUUUUAUGUUUCUGCACGACAAACGGAGCGUUGCCACAAAGGACUGACAGUGGCGUAUGCAGCGCAUUGCCAACAGGAGGCUAAAUUGGAUCGACCCAUAGCGGGACAUGCAAAUCUCUGUCCUGAUAGCAUCAGCACUAAACCGCAGGAAUUGCAAACGCUUAUAUCGACUGUGAAACAUGAAAUCUUGCAUGCCUUGGGCUUCUCAGUGAGUUUGUAUGCAUUUUUUCGCGAUGAUGAAGGAAAGCCACGAACACCGCGCAAACCAGACACGGGGAAACCUCACCUGAAUGAAAAUUUACAAAUUCACCAGUGGAGCAACGAGACGAUACGUAAAGUAGUGCGCAAAAACUGGUCAGUGCGUGGCGGAUUCAUACGUAGAGAGUUCAAUAUGAUGGUAACACCACGUGUGGUAGCAGAGGUACGUAAACAUUUUGAUUGCCUCAAAUUGGAAGGAGCUGAAUUGGAAGAUCAAGGUGGCGAUGGCACUGCAUUAACGCACUGGGAGAAACGCAUACUAGAAAAUGAAGCAAUGACUGGCACACAUACCCAAUCACCUGUUUUUUCACGUAUCACUUUAGCACUUAUGGAGGAUUCUGGUUGGUAUCGCGCUAAUUACAGCAUGGCCACGCCCAUUACUUGGGGUAAGGGGUUAGGUUGUAAUUUUGUUAUGCGCAGUUGUAAAGAUUGGAUACAAACCAAUAAUGGCAGCUUACCAAAUGGCAACGAAAAAUGGAUGCGGGGACGUUCCAUACAUCCAUUCUGUUCGAAAGUGAAACAAGAUCCACUACAAACUGAGUGUACAGACGAUCGCAACUCUGUGGCGCUGUGUAAUCUCAUAAAGCAUGACUAUGAGCUACCAAAAGAAUACCAGAAUUUUGAUAGCCUCACCAAUGUGAGAGAUGGUGAAGAGGGUUAUUAUGGUGGUUCCGUCUCACUUGCGGAUCAUUGCCCUUACAUACAAGAAUUCACAUGGAGGAAUAAGAAUAUCAUAGUACGCGGCUCACAUUGUCGUUUUGUUGAAAAUAAUCCAAAACCAGAAAAAAAUUUUGCUUUGGAGAGUUAUGGCAAAGGCUCGAAAUGCUUUGAUCACAGUGAAUCCAUGUGGGAGGAACGUUCAUGCCAUCAGACACGUGAAUGGCAACAUUGGGGCUCUGGCUGCUACGAAUACAGUUGCAUCGACGGACGUUUAAAUAUAAUUGUCGGUAACUACUCAUAUACCUGCUAUUUUCCAGGGCAGCAAUUGUCAAUUCGCAUAUUAGCAAAUGGGUGGUUGCAUAAGGGUGCCAUAAUUUGUCCACCAUGCCAUGAGUUGUGCGGCAAUUAUUUUGCCGCACGAAAGCAGGAAUGCCGUUUCCGUGAAGAGGCCCCACCAUCGAACAAGUACCCACGUGAUGUUAUGGUGUGCAGUGCAUGUGGUUUGGGUGCGCAUAAACACCUACUCUUAAGUGGUGCCAUAAUUGCAGAUUUGCUAUUCAAGCGUGUGUUGGUGCAUGUCAGUUAGAUGCUUUAAUUCUCGUAGAUAUUUUAUUACUAUAAUUUUUAAACAUUUUUGUUAUAUGUUUAUGUUAAGUUUAAAUGUAAGAAUAGUUGUAAGUGUAAGCAAGUAGUAAGCUAAGUGUAAUGCAUGAAUAUUUAAAAUUUUACACAUUUUUAUACCAUUCCAUUAACUUUAUUAAUGUAUUUAUAAAAUAGUGUAGGAGACAUUGAAAUCCUAUAAAAUAUGUAUGUUAUCGAUUAACUAUAUAGAUCAAAGUUAUUAAGCUAUGUUCAUCUGUAUGUGCUGUCUAGUUUCCCAAUUUUCACAAAUGUAUUUUGAAACACUGUAUAUCACAUGUCUUUAUAUGCAAACGUAAUCCAUGUGCAUCUGUUUGUGCCAGUCUUAGCAUUUUAUGCCAAUAGUUAAUCAGUCUUGAACAUUGACGAGUACAGCUUCUACCGUUUAGUCUUAUUUAAAUGUUUACAAAUCUCAUGUCAAGUUACUAAAGAUCUAUUAAAUAACAAGAAGUUUAUAGUUAACUUUGAUAAUAAAUUUCUAAUUAAAAUAUUAAUAUCAUUUACAAUGAAAUCUAUUGGUACAAAAGUAUCAAAACAAUUUAUAAAAGCUACUCUUAGUUACUGCUCAAUAGUUGUAAGUAAUACUCGUAUGUUUCGUCUUCCAUUGUUAACAAUGGUCCAUUUUUUUGCAUAAAUAGGCUUUAGAGUCCAAAGUCGCCACUCUUACCUCAAAUUACCUGUCCGAAAAAAUGUUUGAUUCACUAUAUUCUGACCGAUAUAAUAUAUUAAAUAUAUAAUAUCAAAACUUUGUAACAAAAAAAGUUGGAAAACUAAGUAUUUCAACCGGCUUUCAAUUACUACUAUCGCAGCAGUGAGGAAGAAAUGGGCCUACAUAAAAAGUUUAAGUAAGAUGGGCUAUCACCAAUCCAAAAUAAGCCCCUUUUUAAUAGUCAGCGUGUUUCUUAAACUGUGAUAUUAAACACUUAACCGAGCUCUUGAGAUGGGCUCCCACUGAUCUGAUAUAAGUCUUUUUGUGAGCUAGGCUGCCUUUAGUAUUUACCGGCUACUUAAAAGUACUCAGCAUACACGACUUUUUGAUCAAAUCUAACAAAUUUUAUGUUCUGGUCUGAUACUACGAUUAAUUAAUCAUAACAUCAUAUUUAACUCUACUUUUCUUAUAAAUUUCAUCAGGUUUUUAGGACUAACUCUGAACUAAAUACACAAUCACUUCAAGAAUAAAUACAAAUGUUUAUAUUUCAAAUAAUAUAUUCAGCUCAAAAGUGCUCAAUAUAUCAUGAGCGUAUAUAGUCAUCCCUUUUUCUUAAUGUAUUAUUAUAUAUAUUUUUACUUUUGGGUGCGAUCAUGCAAUACAUAUUUACCGAUAUAAUAUACUCAUAAUGUUUAUAAAAGAAAAUUAUAUUGAAAUUCAAAA